AUGGAACCUUCUUCAGUCCAAGGCGUGAUUGUGGUUACCGGGGCGGCUGGAGGCCUCGGCAGCUGCAUUGCCGCAGAGAUCGCUUCAUCGCCCCAACUUGCUGCUACUUACCGCGGUAUCUAUGCUGUCCGCAACCCUUCGCAGACCACGGCGCUAUCCUACGCUCUUGAUCAGGGACGACAGAGAACUACUCCUCACCCUCAUGAGAUUGUGUCACUGGACCUUGAGCAGUUUGACAGCGUUCGCGCCUUAGCCACCGAUCUCAACCAACGGGUGGCUACAGGUAACAUUCCCAGAAUCCGCGCACUCGUGCUCAGCGCAGGCUACCUGGAGCUUGAGAACCAGAGAUGGUUGGGAAAUGGACUGGACGCGACCUGGACGGUCAACUACUUGAGUCAGUGGCUUUUGACUUUGCUACUGUUGCAAAGCAUGGAUCGAGAAAACGGCCGAAUAGUGGUACUUGGGAGCCACACCCACGAAGGUGAACUACAGCAGCGUCUGGACCGCGAUCCUUUACUCAACAACGUCGCCAUACUGGGCGUUGAUCCAGGCUGGAUGGCCACCGCAAUCUCCCGGCGGCAUCCAAUGUACUCUGUAGUGAGCGUUGUUAUGCCCUGGGUGGCUAGCUUCCUGUCCUGGAUGCAGCCCAGCGGCAUGUAUCGCACCCCUGGUCGGUCAGCAAAAGAUGUUGUGGCAGCCAUGUUCGACAUUGGCUGGAUUAAUGGGGCCAGUCAUAAGGGUAUGUACUUCAAAGGGGCGGUGCGGGCCGAGGUGAGCGGGGAGGCGCAAGACGUAGAGAAGCGAAGAAUGGUGUGGAAGGGUAGUGUGAAGUAUGCAGGCCUGCAGCAUGAUGACACCCUUUUACUGCACUGGAAAUGA